CACAUCGAACUGCAUAACCCCUUCUGCCCCCCAUGGCAUCGAGGGCAGUGCAGAGGACGUUCCUUGAACCAGGUCACAGUCUCAGCCAUUCGAUCAACAGCAUCUGUCCUCCGUGCCGAUUCGCGUCUCUUACCAUUCGGCAUAGCCCCCGUCUCAAUUACUCAUCCAAUACUGCAGAGAGCCGCAGAGAACCUGAAAACCACAUAAAUAGUCAUUUGCAAAAGUACCUAAAGAAGGCACCAUCCUCACUUCUACAAAAAGAGUUGGACAGCCAGAAGGAGUGCAAAGAGACAGAAAGCGCAGACCUCAUUGCUAGAGGCCUGCCCUCAAAAGAGUCAAUUUUCGACAGUCAUGGAGAAUCUCCAUCUGUUGGCGAGCAGGCAAUCAAUGUCCCGCAGCCGUCAUAUGAACUGAUUGACCCUGAAGCGUUGCUGAACGUGUUGGAUCCGGAGCCUAGUAAACGGCUUUCAUGGCAAAGGAGGAAGGUGAUACAGCAAAUACGCAAGAGGGGGGAAUUCACUAAAGCCGAGAUUAUCAAGCGAACUGAGAGGGAAUGUAUGGUCAGUAGUGCUAUGUUCAAAACGUCGACAAAGAAGCUGGUCCAUUUGGCUCGCCAAAUUGCGGGAAAACCCAUCGAUGACGCCAUUGCCCAAAUGCAACUGAGCAAAAAGCGAGUUGCUCAGGAUAUCAUGAAGCACCUGGAGUACGCGAAAACGUUGGCGAUCGUCAGUCGCGGCAUGGGCUUAGGGAAGGUCGAGAAUAGAGCUGGCGAGCCAGUUGAGAUCGAAACAAAGAACGGCAAGAGGAAGCUUGUCACUGAUCGCACGAGUAUCUAUGUAGAUCAAGCUUGGGUUAACAAAGGCGACCACACCAUAACUGCUGAGUAUAGAGGCAAGGGAAAAGUUUAUCGCCACAAACACCGGACAGCCAAAAUUACUGUUCUGUUGAAAGAAGAGGCAACAAGGGUUCGACAAUGGCAGGAACGAGAAGAGAAACUCAAGAACAGGAAGCUGUGGUUGCAUUUACCAGACAGACCGAUUACGUUACAAAGACAGUAUCCUCUCUGGUAGUGUGGGACAAUGAUGCAUCCAUUCUUCUGUAAUAUAUGCUGCGCCGAGAGUGAAUGAGCCUUCAAUGUUGUAAUUAUGUAAAUGCCACAAGCAUGCACCAUGGCCUGCUCAAUUUCAUGCAUUGUCGGAUUUCCAGGCCUGUCAGUGUACAAAAUAAGCAUCUCAGUGUUCAUUGAAACGAGCGGGUUCUCAGAAAGUAGAACAAAUGUUUCCGUUCCUGAUAAAGGUAAUACGCAGAUUUGUACCAUAUGCCUCCUGCCAAGAAAACAAGAAGCGUCACCUCCAUAAGCCCCAAUGUUCA